GAUCCCGGUGUCGGUCCCGGUUCCCCUCACCCCAUCCCGGUUCCCCCGUGCCGGCCGCACCAUGGAUUGUUACACGGCCAACUGGAACCCGCUGGGCGAGGAGACCUUCUACCGGAAGCUGGAGCUCUAUUCCAUGGAAUGGGGGCUGCGGGAGGACCUGCGUGACUGCGUGGUGGCAGCUGCCCCGUACGGGGGUCCCAUCGCUCUGCUGAGGAAUUCCCGGCGGGACAAGACCCCCGGUGCCCGCCCGCUCCUGGAGAUCUACUCGGCCUCAGGGCUGCUCCUGGCCAGCGUCCCGUGGAAGAGCGGCCGCCUGGUGCACCUGGGCUGGACAGCGGGGGAGGACCUGCUGUGCAUCCAGGAGGAUGGCACCGUCCUGGUCUACAACCUGUUCUGCGAGUUCAAACGGCACUUCAGCAUGGGAAACGAGGUGCUGCAGAACCACGUGCUGGAGGCGCAGGUUUUCCACACGGAGUUCGGGACGGGCGUGGCCAUCCUGACGGGAGCGCUGCGCUUCUCCCUCGCCACCAACAUCGACGACCUCAAGCUGCGCCGCCUGCCCGAGGUCCCUGGGCUGCAGAAGCCCCCGCCGUGCUGGGCCGUGCUGUCCCAGGACAGGGUGACCGUGGUGCUGCUGGCCGUGGGACAGGAGCUCUUCCUGCUGGACAACACCUCCUGCUCCGUGGUGACCCCCCCAGGGCUGAGCCCCUCGGCGGGGCCGUUCCUGCACGUGGCCGUGUCCUUCACCCACCGUCACCUCGCCCUGUUCUGUGACUCUGGCACCGUCUGGAUGGGCACAGCCUCGCUCAAGGAAAAAUUCUGCGAGUUCAACACCGGCGUGCGCUCCCCUCCCAAGCAGAUGGUUUGGUGCACGCGGCCCCGGAGCCGGCAGCGAGCCGUGGUGCUGGCCUGGGAGCGGCAGCUGAUGGUGGUGGGCAAUUCCUCGGAGUGCAUCCGGUAUCCUUUGGGAGCAGGGACACCCCAGCUGGAUCAGCCCCUCAUCCAUGUUUUAUCCCCAUCCCUGGCAGAGGCCAGCCAGGAAAUUUUCCGCAUCGCCUCCAUGGCUCCGGGCGCUCUGCUCCUGGAGGCACAGAAGGAAUACGAGAAGGAGAGCCAGAAAGCCGACGAGUACCUGCGGGAGAUCCGGGAGCAGCAGCUGCUCCCCGAGGCCGUGGGCCAGUGCAUCGAGGCUGCGGGCUACGAGCACGAGCCCGAGACACAGAAAUCCCUGCUGAGGGCAGCUUCCUUUGGGAAGUGUUUCCUGGACAAGUUUCCCCCGGAGGGGUUCGUGCGGAUGUGCCAGGACCUGCGGGUCCUCAACGCCAUCCGGGACUACCAGAUCGGGAUCCCGCUCACCUUCACCCAAUACAAGCAGCUCACCAUCGAGGUGCUGCUGGACAGGCUGGUCCUGCGCCGCCUGUACCCCUUGGCCAUCCGGAUCUGCGAGUUCCUGCGGCUGCCGGAGAUCCAGGGCGUCAGCCGCAUCCUGGCACACUGGGCCUGCUACAAGGUGCAGCAGAAGGACAAGUCUGACGAGGAGGUGGCCCAGGCCAUCAACCAGAAGCUGGGGGACACGGCGGGCAUCUCGUACUCGGACAUCGCCACGCGCGCCUACGACUGCGGCCGCACCGAGCUGGCCAUCAAGCUGCUGGAGUACGAGCCCCGCUCGGGCGAGCAGGUGCCGCUGCUGCUGAAGAUGAAGCGCAGCAAACUGGCCCUGGGCAAGGCCAUCGAGAGCGGGGACACCGACCUGGUGUACACGGUCGUGCUGCACCUCAAGAACGAGCUGAACCGCGGCACUUUCUUCAUGACCCUGCAGAACCAGCCCGUGGCCCUCAGCCUGUACCGCCAGUUCUGCCGGCACCAGGAGCGGGAGACGCUGAAGGAUUUGUACAACCAGGACGACAACCACCAGGAGCUGGGCAACCUGCACGUGCAGGGGGGCUACUGCCAGCAGCGGAUCGAGGGCCGUGUGGCUGCCCUGCAGAACGCCCUGGACGAGUUCUACAAGGCCAAGAACGACUUUGCUGCCAAGGCCACGGAGGAGCAGAUCAAGCUGCUGCGGCUGCAGCGGCACCUGCAGGAGGAGCUGGACAAGCCCUACCUGGACCUGUCCCUGCACGACACCGUGGCCACCCUCAUCCUGGACGGGCACCACAAGCGAGCUGAGCAGCUCUACAGGGACUUCAGGAUCCCGGACAAGAGGUACUGGUGGCUGAAGAUCAACGCCCUGGCCACCCGCGGGGACUGGGAGGAGAUGGAGAAGUUCUCCAAGAGCAAGAAGUCGCCCAUUGGGUACCUGCCCUUCGUGGAGGUGGCGGUGAAGCACCACAACCGCUACGAGGCCAAGAAGUACGCGCCGCGUGUGCCGCCCGAGCAGCGCGUCAAGGCCUUCGUCCUCGUGGGGGACCUGGAGCAGGCGGCCGAGGCGGCCAUCGAGCGCAAGAACGAGGCCGAGAUGAGCCUGGUGCUGGCGCGGUGCUCGGCCGGCACCGACGGCGCCGUGGCCGAAAAGCUCAACCGGGCACGGGCACAGCUCCUCAAAAAGUGACCCCCAAACCCUGGGGACACUCCCUGGGACACUCCUCAUGCUCCUCGUCCUCGCUGGAUGGCGAAGGUGGCCACGCUGGGGACGUGGUGGUCCCCUCGCUCCUUGUGCAAUAAAGAGAA